GUGUUCCUGUUGCUGGGCAACGAGCGGGUAAACAGUUUCUGGGCAGCUAACAUCCCGCCAAGUGAAGCCUUGGCCCCCUCUAGCUGCAGCGAGGAGAGACGCCGCUUCAUCACCAAUAAGUACCGGCAGGGCAAAUACAGGAAGUACCACCCUCUGUACGGAAACCAGAAAGAGCUCAACAAUGCUCUUCUUAUAAAUGUGCAGGGCAGUGAUGUGCUGGAGACGUUGAGCCUGAUCUCUUGUGGUGCAGAUGUAAAUUGUCCAACUGGUAUGCCAAGUGCGCCCUCGGCUCUCUCCCUGGCCACCACCACACAGCCCCUACAGGCGGAGUUAAUCAGCCACAACCUCAACACAGAACUACCACGGUCAGAGCCGGGUGAGGCAAUGGACACAAGACCUUACUUGCCAGCACCUUGUGUGUCUCACAAUGGCUUCCUUUUCAAGACUGCAUAUGCCCGGGCUAUUACAGAGCGCAAGGCCAAAGAGGAGUUCAGUCGUCGCUGGUGCACUCUGAAUGAUGGCACCUACAGCUACUAUGAGAGUGACAAGAACUCAAACCCUAACGGAGCUCUGAAGGCUUCAGAGAUCGUCUGCCUGGCUGUUGACCCGCCUUAUAGACAUGGGUAUGAACACACCUUUGAACUGUACUCGGAGUCAGAGCGUCUCUAUCUGUUCGGCACUGAUGACCCAUGCGGCCACAAGGAAUGGGUCAAGUCUAUUGCCAGGAGCCUGAUCCCGGCCUCUGCAGAGCCGCUGCUGAGGUUAGCUUUUGAGCGGAUUGGGCGGCUGAAGUGUAAAGACGGCUUGAACCUGCAAACAUCCAAGGUGGGCUGGUUUGCUCUGGUGGGCUCUACACUUCACGCCUACCUGGAGGACAGCCAGGGAGAGGAGAUCCACCUCCGCAAACUGAAUGAGCUCUCAAUUCAACAAGACAAUGAGGUGCUUGUUCUGGUGGAGAGAGGCAGGACUUUGUACAUAGAGGGUGAGAGGAAGUUGGAUUUUGCCGGCUGGUGUACGGCCAUCCAGGCAGCAGCGGGGAGUGGAGGAGACACACUGAGCCAGCAGCAGCUGACGGAGACAGACAUACCGGUCAUAGUGCACAGCUGCAUCGGCUACAUCACGCAGUGCGGCUUGACCUCUGAGGGGAUAUAUCGUAAGAGCGGUGUGAACUCCCGUGUGGCCGCGCUGUGCGAGAGAUUUCACCGUGACGCCCGCAGUGUUCGUCUGAGGGAAGGAGAGCACCAGGUGGACGACGUCUCCACCACACUCAAACGCUUCUUCAGGGACUUAGAGGAGGGGCUGUUCACGUCAGAGGAAUCCAAAGGCUGGCUAAGUGCUGCUGGCAUUCAGGAAGAAAGCCAGAAAAUCUCCCAGUUCCAGCUGCUGCUGAACAGACUUCCUCGUGUCAACAAGGCUACACUACAAGCCCUUAUCAACCACCUCUUUUGUGUGCAGCGUUUUUCUGAGCUGAACCAGAUGAACCUCCAUAACCUGGCCAUAGUGUUCGGCCCCACACUCUUCCAGACGGACGGGAAGGACUACACUGCAGGCCGCGCCGUAGAGGACCUCAUACAGCACUACACACUCAUCUUUGAGGUGGAUGAGCAGCAGCUUAAGAAGCAGCUGGAAGAGAUCACUGUCAUCAUCAAAGUGCGAGAGACACUCAACACAAAGUUUCCCAGUACUGAACCCGGCGGGCACUUCAUCUGUACUGUGUACUUGGAGGAAAAGAAGGAAACAGCAGAGCAACAUGUCAAGAUCCCUGGUUCUAUGACAGCAGCAGAGCUGACCUGUGAGGUCCUGGACCGGCGUAACAUCCGGGUUAAAGACAAAGAGUACUGGAACUGCUGGGAGGUCAGCGACAAGGAGGACAUGGAACGCCCGCUGCACUAUCAGGAGCGAGUGUUACCCAUCCUUCACUCCUUUGGCACCGACUCCCAUCUGCUCAUCAAGAAACACCUGGCUAUGGAGGCGAUGAUGGAGUACCUGGCCAGCAAAGUGGAUUUAUCCAAACACGGGAUGAUGAAAUUCAGAGAGGAGCGAAGCAUCUUGGGAUUGGGACUGUCCUCUGGAAGUUUCCACGACCGAUACUUCAUCCUGAAUUCCAGCUCUCUCAGAAUGUACAAGGAAGUCAGAAGUAACCGUCCAGAGCGUGAUUGGGUGGUGAAAAGCUUAAAGGUCUACCUGGGUAUUAAGAAGAAACUCCGUCCUCCUACAUGCUGGGGACUAACAGUGGUGUGUGAGAGUAAAAAACAAGAGAAGCAGGAGAAACAGCAGUGGUAUCUCUGCUGUGACACCCAAACAGAAAUGAGGGAAUGGUAUGCUACUCUUCUCAGCAUCCAGUAUGAUGGCAACGUGUGGCCUCAGGACGGACUCCAGCAGACACGAGUGAGCCGCGUGUUGCCGGAUACGCGUCACGGUAAUGUGUCACUGAUACCGCUGCGUGGCAGUGAGAAUGAGAUGCGGAACAGCGUGGCAGCUUUCAGCCAAGACCCGCUUGCUCUGUUUAGAGAUGUUCGAUAAUUGUCGCUGCAAGAAAGGGCCGACGGUCCGCCUCAGAUGACCUACAUCAUCUUUCUGCCACUGUAAUGGCCAGAUUGACGGACACUGUGUGGAUUAUGGCCUGAUACUGCCAUCUGCUCCUUCUGGGUAUGAACUGGACCAAAAAGAACAGACAAUGAGGAUCACAUGUCAAAUAUAACCGACACUGGUGUCCCUGCACAAAUGAAUUUUACGUGACUUGAUGUACAGAAGCAGCAGCUGGGAGCGGUGGCACUCAAAAUCAAAGAGCGACAUUAUGAUGGACUACAAUCACUCGCUUCCUAAUCGAUGUCCGACAAGACUGCGCCCUCUGUUCCUCUGGUUCCAUUGGUCAGCGGCAUGUGACUCAAUCCCUGCAUUGCAUUAUGGGACAAAAGCAUGAAGAUCAUGCUGAGAAAAAUGUCUAAUGUAUUUAGAAAAGACUUAGUCGGGAUAUUCUAGGCACUAGCAUCAAGUGCUUGGCCAUUUUUAAAUAGUUUAUUACUUGCAUUUGUAGCUGAAUAUGAUUUAUAACUUAGUUUUUUUAUUUUAGCUCUUUUUCUGUACUAUUGCUCAUGAAUUGUCAGGAUAACCCUGCAGUAAAUAUUUGCUAUUGUAAGCAAAGCUGAUGUCACAGGUGACCUGAUUCUGUCCAGGGUUUGUUCCACUGGGACCAAGACUGAGACAUGAGCGGUGAUGGAUACUGUCUGUUACUCCAUAGGACAUUUGCCUGUACUGCACAAAAACAUGGUCACUGGCAUAUUUGGCUCGUGUCCAUUUGUCUGCAUAAUGUGGACCAGAAUAUGUGAACGUGUGCAUUUGUGGAUUGUUUCUUAUGAGGAAUGAAGGAAGAGGAGGUAUGAGCUAAAAGAGUUGAGGGCUAAAUAGCCUUUGCUUAACACUGUUUGAAUAUGUGAUUAAAUAGGAUAAGCAAUUGGUUUAGUAUUGUCCUUUUAAUCUGAAUCAAGCACCUUAAAUAUAUCACAUUUCAAACCAUAAUCACUUAUUCCAAACAUUGUUCUGUGCCUAAUACGUCAUAUUUUAUGUUUCCGCUGUCUUAAUCCUCAGCACUGCAUCCUCUCUUUUUUCUAGAUAUACAGAAUAAAUAUACAUACAUGGGCAGAUUUGUCACUAACCAGCAGUAUUUAUGAAGUUUUAGUUUAUACAUUUGUCACAUUGCAAUUCAAAAUGUAUUUUUAUGUCUAGAAUCUUUGCAGCAGCAUAUUAUUCUAGUUUGUUCAUCCAAACAGUGCAGGAUUUCUUUUGAAACAUCUGUAAUACAAGAAAACAUUAAAGUGCAUUAUAAUCUUUUACCUUUCUUUCAACUUGGGUCCAAACUAGGGUUGCAAAAUUCUGGGAAUUUUCAAAGAUGGAAACUUUCCAUGGGAAUACACAGGAAUAAACUGGACAUUUUCAAAAUUGAAGGUUGGUUCUUCAAAGGGAACUUAAAUAUAGUUGGCGAAAGUACAUUUUAGCAUAAUCUUGUCUAAAACAAACAGAUGCCAUUCAAGUACACUUGAAUAUCCAUGCCAUUCCUCAAUCACAUGCACAUAGCACACUGCUUACUGCAUGGCUAUUGAGACCACACGCCCUACAGGCACUGUGCAUUCCUCAUCACAUGCACGAUGAUUUCUAGAAGUCAUAUUUAACUCAACAUUCAUGUUUUGUUCUUCAAUGAAACAAAUGAUUGUUCAAUAAAAUAAUUAAAACUUGUUCUGUUCUACUUACAAAUAAACCUGUUGAAAUGUAAUUUUUUUUUAAUUGUAUCACUUUGCAUGGAUGUUUUCUUAUGACAAAACACAUUUUUUAUAUUUAUGCUUGGAUAUGAUAACAAUUCGAUUACAUUACCCUCAAUUCCAAGUUAGUUCCCAUCAAUUCCCAUUAUUCCCAUGGAAAUUUACCAGAAAUGUUCCGCCCCUUUGCAACCCUAGUCCAAACUCCUAUAUAUUUCUCAGAAGGAGAAAUCUCUAUAAACUGUAUUGAGUGGCAACAGAGCCUGACCAGCUAGUUUCACCAACUUGUGUACCACCUGUUGUAAAGACAGCAGAGGACGCUAGAUGCUGUGCUAGUGAGAAACUGUUGUUUAGAUAAAUGUUUGGUUUAAGCGCAGUUAAAUCCGUGUCCACGCAGUUUGUGUGUAUGAGUAUAUUGUUAGCUACCCUGUGAAGUAACGUAAAUACACUAUAGAAAGUGUUUAUCCCCUCCAUUCACUUUUGUCAUUAUUCUUUGUUUUCUACAUUGAAUCAAAGUGGAUGAAUCAUAAGUCCUUCAUUGACAUGGAUCAUGAGACAAUUAAGUACAAAUAUGAAUCACAAAAUACUCGUUGCAUUAGUUUUCAGUCCUUUUAAAUCAACCAGCACUGUCAAGUUGUAUGAUAAACGUUUUGGGAUGAAACUAAGGUUCAGACUGUUCUACAAAGUGUAUUUUACAUCUUCGCUAAAAACAAAAUGUAGACCUUUCUGAUACAGUUGUAUUUAACAAAGAUUGUUUUUACACCCGGGAUACUAACACACAUGUUUUCACUUUUGUGACAUCUAAAAUCACUUGCCAUAGAAAGUGGACGUUUAUCUAUUAUUAACAAUAUGUAUGUGUUUAUAUAAUGUGUAUUGUAUCGAUACGUUGAAGUGUCACUCUCAGAUCAUUGUCUAAACCUGCUUAGUACUUCUGUGAUUCGAUGUUGUAAAACAAUGGUUUAGAAUAAAAGUCCAACAGGGGCCGAUGAAUACUUUUUAUAAGUAGUAUAUAUUUUGUCACUCUUCGUCUUUUCUUAUUCUGUUUCUCAGCAUUUUACUGAUUUUGCAUCUAUGAAACUCUAAUAAACACAUUCAGCUAG